AUGGUUGUUACACUCCCUAUCAAACUAUUACACGAGGCACAUGGGCAUAUAGUCACUAUAGAACUUACAAAUGGAGUUUCUUAUAGAGGUAAGCUAUUGGAAGCUGAGGACAGUAUGAAUGUGCAACUUCAGGAUGUAAUUGUUACCGCUAAGGAUGGUUCCACCAAACACGCAUCCCAGAUAUACAUAAGGGGGUCACAAAUACAAUUCUUCUCUCUUCCGGAUAUAUUGAUCCAUUCUCCCUUGUUUGAAAAUCAGAAAACGAAAUUAUAG